AUGACCGGCAUGAAAGAGCAUUUGGCGCAGAGCAAGCUGCGUCUCGUUAUACUCGAAGGAUCCGACUUUUCUGAUGCCGACAACCACCCGGUUGAAGCCUCCUUGGGUUGCCAUCUGGAUGAGCGGAAGCUUUUCUACACCCAGAAGGUGAACGGCAUCUUUGGCUUGGCACCCCAUGGCAUUACUGGAAGGUCCAAUGUGCUGAAGGAUCUUUUCAAAGACAAAGCCCAUGUCAACACUGCAGUCUUUGCCAUCUGCCUGGCAGAAUGGGGUGGAGAGUUGAGUGUGGGUGGCUAUGACACAAGAUAUGCAGAGCUUGGCGCCCGGAUGCAAUGGCUCCCCUUGCACCACGCAGGGUGCGCCGCGUCCUACACGCUACGUAUGUGUUUAUGUAUGUAUGAUUAUGUAGGUAUAUAUGUGACAUAUACAUGGUACCCCCCCGCAUUGAGUCCUAUUGACCGACGUGUUUCUAUUCCGAGACGAGGGCGAGACUCCGUUCAUGCAUGUCCUAAGGAUUAA